AUGAGGAACGUGUUGCUGGAUGUGAAGUUUGUUUUAGAAAUUCCCCCAAAUGAAAAUGGCCAAUGUGUUAGUUAUCAUGAUCCUUAUUAUUUUCAUGCCAAGAUUCUUAUCAAUGGAAAACUCAUCAAUGACAUAUGGGUUAGGGAUGAGGAUCCAACAGAGACACAGGAAACUCGUAUGUGGCUCAAAUGUAUUCCAUUAUCGGAUUUGAAUCCGCAAGGGAAAGGAAGAAAGACGCCAAUGCAGCAGGGUAAUACUAAUACGUAUAGAUUUCAAGUAAUAUUUAACUUCCCAGACCCAGAUGGAGGGCCGAUAGGCUUUAAAAGCUGGGGGGUUCACCUAUUAGGCCACCAGGUACAGGUUGACGAUGAUGAUACAACGACGAUGAAUGAAUCAACGACUAGUGUUGGGAAGAAGAGGCCUCGUGGAUCAGAAGAAGAGCAAUGGCUUUGCUCAUCAUCUUCAGAACCAACGGAUCAGCCAAAGCAGAGACAUAUUGAUAUUGAUGAGGACCAAAAGUACGUAAAUUGA